CGCUCGCUCGUUUCACUAUAUGCUUACCAGUCACCGGCUUUCAGUUCGAGCUUGGCUCUCCUUUGCGACACUUCUGUACACACACAACACAUUACACAGUAUAAACACAAAGCGCACAGGCACACACAUACACCGUACGGCAAUAAAAUUUUAUAUCCAAACACUUAUAUAUAUCCACAAACCCGUAUACAUGCCGAGUACACUCCUUGUUGUGCAUCGUCCGAGAGCGUAAUCGUAGUCUCUCUCGUACAUAUAGUCGGACGUAGCCUUUUUUGGAAAUCCGUAUCGCGGAGAGCAGCAGCAGUUUGUGCGCGACGAGAUCGUCGUUGAAAUCUUUCGCCAGCUCUGCGAAACACAUCCUCGCGGAUUCAGCGCAAACAGUCGCUACGUUGGGUCGUCGUGCAUACUAUACAUACGUACAGUGUGACAGCUCUCUCUUUCUUUCUCCGUAAAAGAAGCAUCGAGCCAGCAGAAUUGAGUCGCUGCAGCGGGCUGAUUUUUCGGCUGCCCUCGGUUGUUAUUGUUGUUUUGUUUAUGUGGUCAACUACGCGCGAGUGCGACACGAUAUUAAAUUGUGAGUGAGUGUGCAAUUGCCUCGCGAUUGUGUGCUUCGACUCGUAAUACAGUUGCGAAACCUCUCAAUUGAACGGAUUUUUUUGCUAAAUUUGUUUCUGUUUCUCUGCAAGUGUACGUGCGUGUGUGUAUGUGUGCGCGGAUAAUUGCAGUUAGCAGGAGUUCUUACACAGCAAGAGGUUACCAGAACAGCUUUUAAGUAUGACGCUUGUUCGACGGUCGCCUCUCAUCGCAAUUCUUGUCUUUGACCUCAUCUUCGUUACGGCUGCACAUUCUGAUUUCUACAGAUACGAUGUAAACAAAGCGACGCAAGUACACGAGCACGUGUACGACUUCGAGCUCGAUGAGCCGAUCGCGGUGGACAGGAGAAAAAGAUCCCCCCUGCCGCCUCAGCCUCCGAUUCAAGGUUCGCAAGCGUCGAAACCCAGUGCCCCGGAGCUGGUGAUCAGCAACAAAACGGACACACCUGCCAAUGUUUCCUACUCGACUUCGGAGCCGACCGUCGUGGUGGCCCAAGCCGCGACGGUUUCGCCCAUAAUCGGUCUCAAUCGGACCACGGUGAAACCGAUCGGCAAUGGCAAGGCUCCGACCGUCUCGAUCCCGAUAGUUCCCUCGCAAAAUCCUACCGCUAACGUUAAUCGUACGAGUCUCGAUAAGGACUUAUCGAAAGUGCACGUCUGGGCCAACCAGACCAGAUGGGCAAACAUGACCAACAAGGACGUGGAGACGACUACGAGCAACAGUAGCAGCAGCAACAGCGACGCCGAUCUCGACUUCGCCAUCAACAAGUAUCCGGCCGAGGUGACGAACCAGACGCUGCGCGAGAACAACAUCCUCAAGUCGGAGAACGACACGCACCAGUACUACAACAGCUCGUUCAGCGUCGACGAGGCGACCGGCAAGGGAUUCUGGGUCGAUCUCGAGAAUCAUCCCGAUCUCCAGGUCAACAGUCUACUCAGCAAGAGUCAUCGCAGAGCGGCUACCAUCAAGCUGAAGUUCGACUUUCCGUUCUACGGGCACAAGGUGCGCAACAUCACGAUAGCCACCGGUGGCUUCCUCUACACAGGCGAGUACGUGCACAGUUGGCUGGCCGCUACUCAGUACAUUGCUCCGCUCAUGGCCAAUUUCGACACGACGCUCUCGUCCAAGAGCUUCGUCAAGUAUGCUGACAAUGGUACUGCCUUCACCGUCGAAUGGGAGAACGUCCAGCUGCAAGACAAGCCAGAGGCCGGCGCGUUCACCUUCCAGGUUACCUUGCUGCAAAAUGGUGACAUCGUCUUCGUGUACAAAGCCAUACCGCUGCUGGUGGAGAACAUCGAAGACAAGGAGCAUCCCGUCAAGAUCGGCCUUAGCGACGCUUACAUGAUGGACCGAACAGUCUUCUUUGCCCGUCGCAAGACCAUCUACGAGUACCAUCGCGUCACCUUCAACCGGCAAGACAUCAAAAACUGGACGGCCAUUUACCUCAAGGCACUGCCGACUUGCUUGCAAAUGGACAACUGCAACGACUGCCUGACCAAAGUUCCGGAUUUCGAUUGCAAGUGGUGCCCCGAGUUGCAAAAGUGCAGCACCGGCACCUUCCGCUUCCGCCAGGACUGGCUGCAGAAGAACUGCGACACGAAGAACAUUCGCGAGGAGGCCAAGUGCCCGGCCAGAUCGGCCGGCACCUCCUAUCGGGAGCACGCCCAGGAGGCCAGAAUCGAGAAUCACAGGACGGAGGACGGCUCGAUAGUCGCCAAAUUCAAUCCCAACCAGGCAGCCGUGGCCAGUAGUUCGAUCGAACAUUCUCAAGAAAAUAUGAGCAUGGGCGUAUCCGGAAUCAUCGGCAUACUUUUCGUUCUCUCGCUCGUAGCGGGACUUGCCGCAUGGGCAGCUUACGCUUAUCGCAAUCCGCACAGCGCGUCCGGUCAGAUGCUCAUCAGGUACCGACCGAGCCAGUGGAGCUGGCGCAGAGGAGAGGCCCGCUACACCGCUGCAACUAUUCACAUGUGAUGCUGCGACCCACCGGCUCAGCACUUGAGCAGUAUCAGCGGCAAUCUAAGCGGCAGUAAUAGUUAAUAAUAGAAUUGGUGUGUCUCCUUCGUCGUCGGGACUGUCGGACCAAAUCAACUGUUUUUUCCUAUACACGCAAAUUUUGUGCGCGCGCGACCGCGCGCAUAAGCGGCUGAUGUUUUAUAAUUGCACAAAUGGGGCGGCUAGCUCAUUUGUAUUUCUCGCGUAUGUGGUGCACAGUUGCAUUUUUUAUAUCAACGAUAUGAAUUGAUGAUAAUCAUAGUGAUACGUGCGCACGACAAUAUUUAUUCGUCGGAUUGACUGUAAACUAAUAAUUAACAGUACAGCUCUCGUUUUGGAUUAUAUACACGUGUACUUUUUGAGCAAUGUUUCCGAGCAAUAUGAUUAUACGGCGAUGUAUAAUCGAAGAAAAAGCCAAACAAGUCUGAACUUCGAAAUUUUUACACAAGUUUAUGACAACGUAUUUGAAAAUAAAUUGAAAUACAUAUAUUUCAACCGAAUUACUUUUUCAACGUUUCUAAGGAUUAACAAAAGAAUAACUGUAAACGAUGUUUGAAGCUUGUUAUAAGUGCCUUUUUAUGGAAUUUUAGGUCGAUCAUGAGUACCUUGAACGGCGAAGCGCAAAUUAUGCACCUUCUCAAUAAUCCAUAAUUUUACAACUCACAAUGUGAUUUUUUAGCAGCAUAUCUAACGUUUCUUUUUCUAUCGAGUAGUUCGAUUUGUUCAAAGCAUCAAAAAAUCGAUCAAAUAAUUUUUACUUGUUUGCAAAAAAAUCGAAUUAAAAAUAUUCGGUGAGGUUCGUGAAUCCUUCAAAAAUCAGCACAGUAAUGAAAGUUACGUUUACCGUUACGAUCUUAUAGUUAAAUCGAGAUUUUUCUUUUUGAUGUAAAUACUAUAUAGAAGUAAUAGACAAUCUCAAUGAAUCUUCUAUAGCGUACUAUGAAUCAAAUUUUUCAAAGAGGAAAAAAUAAACUUUAUAAGUAACUUAUCUUAUUGAAAAAAGCAGAGUAUUUUAA